CUCUCGCAGCUGGAACAAGCAGGAGGCAGAUUCUGAACGACGCUCCGAACAAAGACAACAUGGCGCCUGGUGCCAAAAGCGCCGCAGCGCGUGGCAAGCCAUCCAAGGCCAACACCGAAGCUCGGUCGCUUAAGAGGAAAAGAGACCAGGACGAUGUCGAGAAGUUGCGGAAGGCCGUCGACGAACUUGAUAUCAAGUCGCCAGAUAUCAAGAGCUUUACCGACCUCCCCCUCUGCUCUGCCACCUUUGCCGGCCUCCGCGCCUCCCACUUCGAGACCCUCACCGAUGUCCAAAAAGUCGCCAUUCCCCUGGCACUGAAGGGCAAAGACAUCCUUGGCGCCGCCAAAACUGGCAGCGGCAAGACGCUGGCCUUCCUCGUCCCCGUGCUUGAAGCCCUCUACCGCGCGCAAUGGACCGAGCUCGACGGCCUUGGUGCCCUCAUCAUCAGCCCGACCCGAGAGCUGGCAGUCCAAAUAUUCGAGGUCCUGAGGAAAAUUGGCCGAAAACACACCUUCUCCGCCGGCCUAGUCAUUGGAGGAAAGAGCCUACUCGAAGAGGCUGAACGAUUGGGGAGGAUGAACAUCCUAGUCUGCACUCCUGGGCGCAUGCUGCAGCACCUUGACCAGACGGCCGGCUUCGACGUCAACAACUUGCAGAUCCUGGUACUGGACGAGGCCGACCGCAUCAUGGACAUGGGGUUCCAGUCGGCAGUCGAUGCGCUUGUCGACCAUCUGCCCAAAGACAGGCAGACCCUACUAUUCAGCGCUACACAGAGCAAGAGGGUGUCCGACCUGGCGCGCCUUAGCUUGAAGGACCCGGAGUACGUGUCGGUGCACGAGGAGGCUACAUCGGCGACACCUAUAAACCUACAGCAGCACUAUAUCGUCGUGCCGCUGGCGGAGAAGUUGGAGACGCUAUGGGGCUUCUUGCGGGCCAAUCUCAAGAGCAAGAUAAUCGUGUUUUUAUCCUCGGGCAAGCAGGUCCGAUUCGUGUACGAGAGCUUUAAGCGCAUGCAGCCCGGCAUCUCGCUGCUGCAUCUCCACGGGCGGCAAAAGCAACUAGCGCGGCUCGAAGUCACAUCACGCUUUGGCGCGGCAAAGUUUGCCUGCCUCUUUGCGACAGACGUCGUGGCUAGAGGCGUGGAUUUCCCCGCCGUGGACUGGGUCAUCCAAGCGGACUGCCCCGAGGACGCCGACACCUACAUCCACCGCGUCGGGAGAACGGCCAGGUACGAAAGCAAAGGCAAGGCCGUCUUGUUCCUCGAACCUACGGAGCUAGCGUUCCUGAAGCGGCUCGCGCACAAGAAGGUGCCGAUCCAAAAGGUGAACGUCAAGGAGACCAAGAAAAAGAGCAUCACAGACCAACUGCAGAGUCUCUGUUUCCAGUCACCCGACCUCAAGUACCUCGGCCAAAAGGCCUUCAUCUCCUACACGCGCUCAAUCCACCUCCAAAAAGACAAAGAGGUUUUCAAGUUUAAGAAGCUGGACCUGGACGCCCUCGCUGCGAGCAUGGGUCUGGCUGGAGCACCACAGAUUAAGUUCCAGAAGGGAGAGGACGUCAAGAGGCUAAAGAACGCGUCGCGCGAGGCUAUGUCGAGCGGGUCCGAGAGCGACCACGAGGGCGGCGAGGGCAAGAAAUCCAAAAAGGACGAGGUGCGCACCAAAUACCAGAAGAUGGCGGAGCGGCAGAACCAAGACGUGCUGUCGAGCCAUUACCGGAAGCUUCUGGGCGAUGACGACGAGAACAACAAUGGCGAGGAGGUCGAUGAGCAAGACUUCCUCGCGGUCAAGCGCGUGCUGGGCGACGACGACCUGGACAAGGCGGCCGAGGACGGCACCAAAGACCAGGCCAUGCCCAAGGUUAUCCAGCUGGGCAAGUCGGAGCUGGUUAUCGACUCGAACCGGCGCGAGAAGCUGCUCAAAUCCAAAAAGAAGCUGCUCAAGUUCAUGGAUAAGCCGACCAAGCUGGUGUUUGACGACGACGGCAACGCUCACUCGCUGUACGAGCUGCAGGAUGAGGACGACUUCAAGCAGGAGGGCCCCGCCGCGCGCCUGCGUGAGGAGUUCGUCGAGACCGAGGCCACCAAGGUCCGCGAGGCCGACGUCGAGGACAAGCAGGCCGCCAAGGACCGGCGGCGGGAGAAGCGCGACCGCGCAAAGGCCCGCGAGCGCGGCGAGGAGCUCGCCCAGCUCGAGCAGCAGACGGCCCGGCUGGGUGAUAGCGACGAGGACGAGAUGGACGAGGAUCCCCUGGCGCUGCUGAGGUCGCUGCCGAUGCCCGACGACAGGGACAAGGUUGACAGUGAUGGCGGCGACGACGAGCCGCCAAAGAAGAAGGCCAAGAAGUGGUUCCAGGACGACUCAGAUGAUGAGCGCGCCCAGCUUGCGGCCAAGAACAAGAAGAGUGGUAAGAAGGUCAUUGAGAUGGACCACGAGCCCGACAAUCUGCAAGACCUCGAGGCGCUGGCUGCUGGCUUGUUGGACUAGAGUCGGGGGUUUAUGUAGGCACUUUGUGUGCUGGGCUAGCUUCUGGAUUUACUGCCGUUGUAGACGGUAGAUCAAGACGUAAUUGUAAAGCGGUUACAGGUUUCCUUUUCUCGGGGAUCAAAUUUUUAUAAACAAUACCACGAAUAUUUCCGGAAACACAAACCCAC